AUGUCGACGACGGAGGACAAGAUCAAGGAGCUCGAGGCGGAGUACGCGCGCACGCAGAAGAACAAAGCGACGGAGACGCACCUCGGCCUCAUCAAGGCCAAGCUCGCGAAGCUGCGGCGAGAGCUCGAGACGCAGGGCGGCAAGGGCGGCGGCGGCGGCGGCGAGGGCUUCGACGUCAAGAAGGUCGGCGACACGCGCGUGGGCCUCGUGGGCUUCCCCUCCGUGGGCAAGUCGACGCUGCUGACGACGCUCACGGGCACCAAGUCCGAGGCCGCGGCGUACGAGUUCACGACGCUCACCGCGAUCCCGGGUACGAUGAAGUACCGCGGCGCGCGGAUCCAGGUGCUGGACCUGCCGGGCAUCAUCGAGGGCGCGGCGACGGGCAAGGGCCGCGGCCGCCAGGUCAUCUCCGCCGCGCGGACCUGCGACCUCAUCAUGAUCGUGCUCGACGCCGGCAAGCCCGUCACGCACAAGUUCCUCAUCGAGCGCGAGCUGCACAACUUCGGCAUCCGCCUCAACGAGGAGCCGCCGCGCGUGACGAUCCGCAAGAAGGACAACGGCGGCGUCGAGUUCCAGUGGCUCUGCCCGCAGACCCAGGGCAUGAACACGGAGGUCGCGACGCGGAUCAUGAAGGAGUACCGCAUCAUGUGCGCGUCCGUGACGGUCCGCGAGGACAUCAGCAUGGACCAGUUCAUCGACGCCUGCGACGGCAAGCGCACCUACAUCCCCUGCCUCUACGUCAUGAACAAGAUCGACUCGAUCACCAUCGAGGAGCUCGACAUCAUCGACGAGCUGCCCAACUACGUGCCCAUCUCGUCGCGCGACAACUGGAACAUCGACGACCUCAUGGAGAACAUCUGGCAGCAGUGCAACAUGAUGCGCGUCUACACCAAGCCCAAGGGCCAGGUGCCCGACUACGACGAGCCCGUCGUGCUCCACGCGUCGAACCCGACGGUGGAGCAGUUCUGCAACCGCAUCCACAAGGCCAUCAUGCCCCUCUUCAAAUACGCCUGGGUCUGGGGCUCCUCCGUGAGGCACCAGCCCCAGAAGGUCGGCAAGGACCACGUCCUCGCCGACGAGGACGUCAUCCAGGUCAUCAAGGGCGUCUAG